CGGCGGAGGGUGAAGACGCGGUCGGGUUGGCUCGGCUGGGCUGCUGCUGCGCGCAGAGCCCGCGACUCCCCCUAUUCAACGGGUCUUCCUCAAAGAGCGCCCUUCGCGAACUCACUCUCGCGGCCGGAGGGGGGGUCUUUUAACUGGAGCCUCACAAAAUGGCCGGCCAUGAGGAUGUUGCCAGCGAACAGCUGAAGCGCUGGCAAGAGCAGCGGGGCUCGCAGAAACCAGAUACCUUGACCACAGGAGCAGGGAUCCCAGUGGGAGACAAAUUGAAUCUCUUGACUGUGGGUCCACGAGGACCUCUCUUGGUUCAAGAUGUGGUUUUCACUGAUGAGAUGGCGCACUUCGACCGAGAGAGGAUUCCUGAAAGGGUUGUGCAUGCUAAAGGAGCAGGGGCUUUUGGCUAUUUUGAAGUGACUCAUGACAUCACCAAGUAUUGCAAAGCAAAAAUAUUUGAGCACAUUGGCAAAAGAACCCCAAUGGCCAUUCGAUUUUCUACUGUUGCGGGAGAAGCAGGUUCAGCUGACACAGUACGUGACCCUAGAGGCUUUGCAAUGAAGUUCUAUACAGAGGAUGGCAACUGGGACCUUGUGGGGAACAACACUCCCAUUUUCUUUAUUAGAGAUGCAAUGCUGUUUCCAUCCUUUAUCCAUAGCCAAAAGAGGAACCCGCAGACUCACCUGAAAGAUCCAGACAUGGUGUGGGACUUCUGGAGUCUCCGCCCCGAGUCUCUGCACCAGGUAUCAUUUCUUUUCAGUGAUCGUGGGAUUCCAGAUGGACACCGUCAUAUGAAUGGUUAUGGAUCACAUACUUUCAAGCUGGUGAAUGCUAGUGGAAAAGCAGUGUACUGCAAAUUUCAUGCAAAGACAGAUCAAGGAAUCAAAAACCUACCUGUUGAAGAAGCAGCAAGAAUAGCUUCUGAGGACCCUGACUAUGGUCUGCGUGAUCUUUAUAAUGCUAUUGCAGCUGGAAACUAUCCAUCUUGGACUUUCUAUAUUCAGGUUAUGACAUUUGAACAAGCUGAGAAAUUUCAAUUCAAUCCUUUUGAUUUAACUAAGGUUUGGCCUCACAAAAAUUAUCCUCUCAUUCCUGUGGGAAAAAUUGUCCUAAACAGGAAUCCUGUCAACUAUUUUGCUGAUGUUGAGCAAAUGGCCUUUGACCCAAGCAACAUGCCCCCCGGGAUUGAACCUAGCCCCGAUAAAAUGUUACAGGGUCGUCUUUUUUCUUAUCCUGAUACUCAUAGACACCGUCUGGGUCCCAACUAUCUUCAGAUUCCUGUGAAUUGUCCAUACCGAGCUCGAAUUGCCAACUACCAGAGAGAUGGGUUUAUGUGUGUGUCUGACAACCAAGGUGGUGCCCCAAAUUAUUAUCCAAACAGUUUUACUGGCCCUGAGGACCAACCCAUUUUGAAGGAGAGUCGUGUAAAUAUUUCAGGUGAUGUUCAGCGCUUCAAUAGCGGAAAUGAGGAUAAUGUGUCUCAGGUGCGAGAUUUCUAUACCAAAGUCCUGACAAAGGAAGAGCGUGAGAGGCUGUGUGAGAACAUUGCCAGCCAUCUGAAAGAUGCUCAGCUUUUCAUUCAGAAGAAAGCUGUGAAGAACUUCACUGAUGUCCACCCUGAUUAUGGUGCGUGCAUUCAAGCCCACUUGGACAGCUACAAUGCUGAAGGAAGCAAGAAGGGUUGUAUUCAUACCUACAGCGAGGCUGGAAAAGAAAGAUCUCAUUUGUAGAUCACAUGAUCUAUGAUUACUUUUCCUAAUUGAAGCAGCUUUAUCACACAGAAUUCACAUCCGUCCAUCUGGAAAAUGAUCUCUGGAAAGCCUUAAUGAACAAUUUCAUAUUUUAAAGAAUUAUCUUUUAGGUUAAUAGUUGUAAUGCAAAAUAUUAAAGUUCGCAUUUGUGAUUAAAAAUAAUCUCAGUGAUAA